GAGAGACAGCUAAUGAUGCACAGGGUGUUGCUUCUUUCCACUUUGUGGUUUUGCACUUGGGCAGAUGGAUCCAGACAGUGUCAUUGUCAGUGCACCUGCUCGCCAGAACUGGCACCGUCCAGGGACCCCAGGGGCCCGGGUAGGGAACACACUGGGCAGCGCCCACCCCGUUUCCCCCACUUGAGGCAGCGGGCCCACGGGAAGAAGGGCUCCUGGCUGCGUUUGGACGAGUUCCCCCCUCGCAUUGUGCACCACCCCUCUGAUCUCGUGGUGAAGGCUGACAGCCCAGCCUCGCUCUCCUGCCGUGCAGAGGGGAACCCGCCCCCUGUUAUAGAGUGGCAUCGCAAUGGGGCACCUCUGGAGACAAACAGGCCUGGGGGCCAAUCGACGGCAAUCGUGCUUCCCGAUGGCAACCUCUUCUUCCUGCGCGUGGUUCCCGGGAGACGGGGCCAUUCCGACGAGGGCGUCUACACCUGCAUCGCCCGCAACAGCCUGGGCAAAGCCACCAGCAACGCCACGCUCUACAUCGCAGCUCUGCGGGAAGAGUUCCGUGCUCAGCCCAGCGAUGUGGAGGUGGCUGUGGGGGAGCCAGUCGUCAUGAACUGCACCCCGCCCAAAGGGCACCCUGAGCCCAACAUCACCUGGAAGAAAGACGGGGAGCUCAUCAACAGAACCCAGGAGCGCUACAACAUCCUGAGCGGGCGGCUCAUUAUUGCGAAUGCUCAGAAGAAUGACUCUGGAGUCUAUGUCUGCUUGGCGUGGAAUAUUGUAGGAGAGAGAGAGAGCAGGGCAGGGCGUCUGUCUGUGCUGGAGAAACCAGUGUUUGCCCGGAAGCCAGAUGAUGCCACGGUGAAGGUUGGCGGCUCGGUGCAGUUUAGGUGUGAGGCACGAGGGGACCCCAUGCCAGCUGUGCACUGGAGCAAGGAGCAGGGACAGCUUCCCUCUGGGAGGUACGAAGUGAGUCCAGAUCAGACCCUGCGGAUACACUACAUCACAGCCCUGGACUCUGGGCGCUACACCUGUACAGCUACCAAUCAAGUGGGCUCCACCUCUGUGAGUGCCUCCCUGGCUGUUCAGGAGGUCUUGGAUACUGGGCAGAGGGACCUGCACAAAGAGCUGUCUGUGCUGCGCGUCCACCUGGAGAACAUCACUGUGCAUCCUCUCCUAUCCAACACAGUUCACAUACUGUGGAAAGUGCAGUCAGAGCCCCACCACCUGUCCGGCUUUGAGGUGCUGUACCGCUCCCUCAUGCCCGCUAGCUCUGAUUGGACAGAGAGGAAGUUUCCUGUGCAGCGCAGCGCUGUGAUUGGCCCACUGAAGAGGGGGUACAAGUACGAGUUCAAGGUGCGCCCGUUCGCUGGAGGUCUGUACGGGCAGGAGAGCAACACUAAACACCUGCGCAUCCCAGAGCAAGUCCCCAGCGCUCCACCACUGGGUGUGGCAGUGACGAUGUCCUCAGAGAAUAAUGGUACAGUCCUGGUGAGCUGGGAACCUCCCCCUCAUGAGGCACACAAUGGAAUCAUUCAGAGUUACCAGGUGUGGUGUGUGCGUUCAGGGGGACAGCUGUCCUCUAACUGGACAGUGGACAGCGGGACUCAUAGCCUGGAGAUCACAGCACUGGACUCUGACACACAGUACUGGAUCAGCGUGGCAGCCAUCAACGGAGCAGGAGUGGGGCAGCUGAGCGAGCCCCACCUCCUCUUCAUGGAGCCCACCAUGGAGGCUGCUGCCCCCCCACCCCUCGACACAGGCCCCCUGGAUCAGGUUCUGAGGGUUCUGAGGGGCCCUGUGUUUAUCGGCAGCGCUGGCGCCCUCUUGUGGCUGGCUCUCAUGGUCACGGCGGUGUGUCUGUACCGACGACACGGCCGGCAAGCCCGGCUCAAACACGCCCACCACACGUCAGCAAGUUUGUACAGAAUGGCAAGUGAAGACCUCAUAAUCAGACACAGGAUGGCAGCUCCUGACUCCCCUUGGAGCUCCAGCGCCUGGAAGUCAGCCCCCUGCAGCGAACGCUAUCCCGGACUGUGGGCCCAGAGCAAGGAGAACCCCGGCUUCAGGAAGACCACUUUGCCGAAGAACAAGAAGGACCCCUGCCCUCCAGACACAGCCGUCCCCAUUGUGCCUGAUAACUGCGGUCUCUACGGUACCUUUUAUGUGGACCUCUCAGGGGUGGGACUGAGGACCUUUAGCAGCCCGACUCGCAGCCCAAAGGUCCCGCAUCCCGGUGCCAAGACUCCCGAUGUUGCUCGCUUCUCUCAGCCUGUCUUUAAAAGCAGCACCAACGGGGAGGGGCAGCGGCUACCGUGGAAACAGGCACUGCCUGCCCAGCCCAACAUGGGUGUGCUCAAGGAAUCUUGGGAGAAAAACUACAAAAGAGAGCUGCAUGCUGUGAACAGCGCUCCCUUGGUGCCAACGUGGCAAUGUUCUGAGCUGCUGAAGAGUGCCCCUAGAGCCAGUGUGGCCAGAGUGUGCCACAUAGCUAAAGGUGGUUUGCCUGUGGGUUCGAAGUCAGCCAGCUCACCCAAGAUCCUGCACUACUCUGCUUCUCUGCGGAUGAUUGAUGUGCUGCCAGCCCCGCCCCCUUUCCCUGAGCUCGAGGAUGACACCCAGAGCCUGAGCUCUGAGGAGGACUCCAGUAAGUCCACUAAGCUGACUGUGGAAGGAGGCUCUGUGCUGCUGGGGGGAGCUGCUCCAGGACCCCAGGAGCUUCCUGCCAGGGAUGACCCCUCUUACCUCACCCUGUCUUACAGCCGUCUCUCCACUGCGUCCUUCUCCCUCUCCCUCGAUGAGCAGAACGACGGCCCCCUGACUGCUGAAGAGGUGGAGCAGUACCUGGAGCUGAGACAUGAAGCUGAGGACUGCAGCAGUCUUCUGUCAGUCAGUCCUCCCUCGCUGCCACACCCAUUCUCCCCGACCCCCACCUUCGGAUACAUCUGCGGCCCGAUGCCCUGUGACCUGGACGCGGAAGACCUUGCUGACGACCUGGCCGUGCCGGGGUCACGGCAGCUCCGCCCACGUGGGGGCACCCUCCGUCGCUGUCCCACCUCCUCGCCCUGCUGCAGCGAAUGGGAGGGCUCAAUGUGGAACGGCUGGGGCUCGAUCUCGGAGGGGAACGCCCCCAGCGCCCGCGCCAGCCUGAUCAGCUCCUCCGACGGAUCCUUCAUGAACGACGCCAACUUCGCCAGAGUGCUCGCCGUUGCCGCGGAAACACUGGGGGGAGGAGCCUUCUCAGUACGCACGCCCUAAUGGGAAAACGCUGGCAGGACCGCCAGCAGUCUGAGAGAAUACUGUGUGGGUUCAUCCCCGUCAUCGAGAGAGGGUGCCAUUCCUCCAGGGUGUUCACAGAACUCACUCCGGCACUGUCUCCGAGAACAGGCAGCAAUCCGCUCCCACUCUCUGUGGGUAGCUUUCCUUGGGCAGUUUGUAGUAACAGAGAAGUUCUCUUUCAUCUGACAGGUUUCCUAAACAAAUUGGGUAUUUUCCCCUACAUAAAAAAGGCGUCUAGUCACAUGGAGGGAAACAAUUCACAAAAAAGUGUCAGCCUUAUUCGUAUCUGACCAGACACGCGAAAGCAAAGAUAAGGACUAAAACAUCAAGCAGGGCGAGCGAUGACAGGAAAUAUAAAAGCAACUCGAGCUAAACAAGCUACAGGAAUCCAAACAAUUGCUAAAAGGGGGAUUUAAAGCAUUUUUAAAACAUCCCAACGAUAAUCCUUUCGUUCACAGUUCAGUUUUCAAGGCAGCCCUUUCAUGAUUUUAUCAAGUGUUGCUUUUAGUAAUCCAGAAACUGAACUUUUCAACUUUUCUGAGCUAAACCUUUUAUCCUCACAGUAGGCAGGUCCCACGUGAGAAAAGAGAUUCUCAGAUUUGUGAGACGCACCAUCUGUCUGUUCAUAAGGAAAACUAAACUUUAGCAGCUCGUUUCCAGCUAAGUUAAUGUCGACCCAUCAUGAACUCGCUUUCUUUUAUUAAGUCUCAAGCUAUCCCCAUAUUCAGGGAUGAAAAUAAGACUCCCAUUGCAUAGCUGUUAGAUCCAU